AUCUCCAAAUUCCAAAUCUAAUAAUUUUCAAAUGUUUUUCCGAUUUCAACCAAGCAAAAGUGAGGAAGGAAGAAGGGACACGACCUCUCUCGAGUUGAGUAAAAUAUUAGAAAUGAACUGUGAUAAGAAUACCGCACAACAAUAAGUAAUUCACCGAGAAAAACAAAAGCUCGAAGAACAUGGCUGAGUCGGCUGAGUCCAGCAAGGAUUAUUUCGUAACAACAGUCAAUGAGGAUCGUGCAACUAUAUGCUGGGGUUGUGGAUUGCGUCUCCUCCUUCCAACUCAUGCACCUGUUUUCAAGUGUGGUUGGUGUGGAGCCAUUACAAGUCAAAAUGUAAAUAAACCCGAAACCAAGUGUCUUUGGGGGAGGCGCUGGCAAGACCGUUGCUUUGUUACGAUUCUCUCCGUAUUUAUGCUCUUUUUGAUAUGUGGGGGAGUAUGGGCGGUGCAUUGGUUUGUUUUCUCUGUCAGCUAUACCUUUGGGAUAUUUCAUUACAUCUUAACAGCGAUUUUGGCUGCAACUACUGUUUCAACCUUCAGCUUAUCUGCAUUCCGAUGUGCCGGCACACCUCCAACCGUGUUGUGGGGUAGCUAUCCAGUUGUAGGGAAAGGUGACCUCGAAAAUUAUACCUUCUGCCACUAUUGUGUGAAACCGAAAUCACCAAGAGCACAUCACUGCCGUUCGUGUGGAACAUGUGUUCUAGACAUGGAUCAUCACUGUCCUUUUAUAGGGAACUGCGUUGGUGCAGCAAAUCAUCGGCAUUUCAUCGCCUUCCUUUUUUCAGCUGUUUUCAGUACAAUCUACAUUUCAUUCUUAUCCGCGUAUGCCGGGUUACAUAUCUGGCCACCAGUAAAGUACAGAUCCCUCGGGCACUUGAAUGGUUCCGGCAGAGAUUUGGCAAUUCGAGCAUUCAAGGAAGUUAUGCUUGCUUUGGUGAGCUCAGCGGUCCAACUUUCAGCCAGGGGUCUUAUUCUUGUUUAUCUAUUUGUUUCGAGUGUUUCGUUGCAGAUCGGUUUAAGUGUUCUGCUGUGGCAGCAGCUAUGUUAUAUAUACGAAGGCAAAACUUACCUCAGCCAUUUAAGCUCACAGGGUAGUGGAGGUGAUCACAUUGAAGAAAAAGGUUGCCAAAAUAUUUUCAGGUUUUUUGGCUGUCCAUAUUCUAUUUUCAGAUAUCUGCCUACCCUACGAAAUUCACCUAAAAGACACACCAAGUGAUAUAUAUAUAUAUAUAUAUAUAUAUAUAUACACACACUCACACGAAAGAGAUUGAAAGCUUCCGACUUUUUAGAUAUACUUCAUUCAUGACGAUGAUGUGACGGCUUCAGUGAUUGAUGAAUUUCAUUGUAGUUUUUUGUAUUGGCAGAUAAUAACAGUCUGUUAAAAAGGAUAAACCGUGUAAGAGCGCCAUUUCCUCUUUUACA